CCAUCACCGGUUAUUGCACGUAUAGAACGCACGCGUGCCGGUACAGCGGGAGUUCCAAGAUGGGCGUGUCAACUAUUUUAUCCGUACUUUUAGCGACGCUUCUCGCGGGUUCCGUAACCUGCGGCCGCGUCCGGCGCACGGAAUACGGACCCGCGAAAGAGGCCGGUGCUUCGGAAGUAUCCUCGAGCCACGGAAGAACUUUCGUGAACUUCGACAGUUCCCCGGCCUUGACGCAUCUCGAGUUCAACGGGGGUUCCUCGAACGCACACCACCGCGGCGUUCACGGUGUUCCCGUCUUCCCGCCUAAGCCUGCAGAGCCAAGUUCGGAGUUCGGCGAGUACGACUACGCAGGAGUACGAUCAGAACUACCCCCACUGGCAUCAGGUUCACUCUUUUCACGAGCACAACACAGCACCGCCUUUAUGGCCGGAUUUUAAUGAACUGCAGCAAAUGACAACGACGCAACCUCCGAGCGCACACUCGACAGAUGCCGUCAGAAGGACCGUCGACCUCUCCGAGUUCGACCCUACCCACUCGUUCUUCGGUAGUAUGUUCACGGAUUCAUCGGACACCGGUAGAGGUACCAAGUCCUCUCCGCCCGUGGCUUCCACUACCCAAGCUAUCGGCUCUUCUGCCGACAAGGAUUCGCGAAACAAGAGUACCACACCCGGAGAAGAAUCGCAGGCUGUUUCGACGACGUCUGCUCAACAUGAAUCCCAUGGGGACCACGGAAAGGCGCUCAACGACGGCGCGCCAUUCGCGACUACGGUGAUUGAGUCUCUGCUGCAGCAGGGCGUCGGCAGCACAGCGACUCCUACCCUAGGUUCGCCGACAGUCGGUAAUAAGUCGACUGAAACAACAAACCCCAGCGUUGUGACGACGUCAACAGCAAUGGGCGUCGCUCAAGGCUCUUCGGAACCACCCACUAAACCCGACACCCCAAGAGAAACGGGCUCUACCCGGGGUUCAGCUGCCGUGCCGGUUGUUUCGAGGACCACCGUCGCUUUCCGAGAGCCCGGUUUCACGGAUACUCGUACGAAAUUCAAUGGAAGCGAAGCUGCCCACACUGGUGGGACGUCAACAGCCACUGGCACAAACAGUAAAUUCACGUCUUCGACUGUCCCUGCGCCACCCGCGGACUUCGUUGCUCGCCAGGCUGCCGCAGUAACGGUCGCUUCGUCUUCGAAGCCCACCGGUGGCUUCGCACGGCUUCCCACUCCGCUCGAAGUCGGCGUUGCUGACAAAAUCGUGGAGACUACUACUGAACGCGCAUUUCCCAACGCGACAACCGGAAGCCGUCCUCUCGCGCCCCAGGCGUCCGCCAACGAAACGGAGAUCCCCGCUAGGCAACUUGUCUUCAAAAACACUCCUCCUGACAACACGUCGCAGACUUCGCCUUCUGUACUUGAAAGUACUGAACCGUCUAAGCUUGCAACGUCCCCACGAGAGACACAAAUCCCCGGUUCAACAUGUCGACUUCAGAAACGAAUCUCCGGACUUUUCUGACUUCCCGGCUACUACGACUUCAUUCGCAGUCCUCUGAAAUCGCCGGACUGUCCAACCGCACCGAGACGACCACCCACCCUUCGCUUGCCACGAGCACUGCCCCCGACGGGCGAUUGCAGAACCGCACUACUACACCUUUGACCCGAGCCCCAGUAGAAGACAGCAACGAGACUUCCACUGCAUCCCAACGGCCCGUCGAGCCUUCGACGUUACGCCCAACCUCCCCAGCGAUAACUGCUGGCGUGCGUCGACAAGCAACCACCACCACCACCUCGAGCCCCACAACCACGGAGCCGACGCGAGUCCUUCCAACCGCACAGGGAGGCCAAGUUUCGCCGGCACAACCUACGCUAGCGAGGAACGCGGCGUUCAAACAAACUCUUCCGACGCCUUCGCGUCCUGUUCAUCCUGCGACGACUGCGAGUCCGCCCCCGGUUACGGCCGACGCUUACGUCAGACCGAUAACGCAACACGGCGUGCACGAGUUCGUGCCUCAGCGUCACCGAGACGUGGAGGAUUACUUCUACCACCACCAGUCCGGCCGCGUGGAGCACGACGACGCCCAUUUGCGUAGGAGCCCGUGUGGAAAGUGCCAGCGCACGCUCCACUACUGCGUGCAGAAGUGCUUCGUGCACCAUAGCUGCGAGGCAGAGACGAAUCCAGAGCUCACCUGUCCCCGGAUCAACGCCCCCUGCAUGCCUCCUUACAAGCACGAGGUGGACCAAUGCCGCCACAGCGCCGACUGCGAGAGCGCCAACCACCUCUGCUGCCUGGUAGGCUGCUCCCGCCGCUGCGUCCACGGCGUGCCCACCCAGCACUAGGCGUAGUACUUCGACCACGUGACCAACACGUACCACCUUCAACCGCACGCGUGCGAUCUUACGUCCACUCAUCACAUACACUCGCUGAUCUUAAACUGACAGUUAAUAUAUACUGUCAUGCGCCUAAAUAUAAAGGGGCCUACGCUACGUCGUAGGCGUUUUACUCGUUUUUUCAAGAAAUAAAAUGUUUUAUCUGC